UCAACGAUCUCACCUGAGGGUCUGAAACGACAUCAAGAUCAUAUCCAGUCCCUCCAAGGUUGUCAAAUUAACUUGGCGGCUCGGCCCCACGUUUGGUCAUAUCCUAACCUCACGUCGCUUGAGUUUGGACCCGGUUUCGGUCGCCACGGUCGUCGAGUGGACCUUGCGACCUUGAAAAUGGUGGCAGGAUCGCCUCAUUUGGAGCAUCUCAAGAUAUCGCUCAAUCUCGACCAUGUGGAUGUCUACCAAGAACUGAGGCGGGUUCUUCAGUCGCUGACUCGGCUAAAGAGCUUGGAAUUGCACCUCACUGAAUUUAUCGAUCUGGUUGUCAUUCAGGAUAUUCUGGAGAUAUGUAGCCGAGUCAAAUUCCUAUCAGUAUUUCUGGAUGGCGCGGCCUACGCUAUCCCAGGAGACGAAGGAGCUCAGCUCAAGCUCGCAACGGAGGCCAUGAAGCGCAUGCAGGACACCCAGGUCCAGCACUUGGAGUUCCAGGCGACUGACGAGAUCCUCGAAUUGUCGAUUUUGCCAUUGUUUUUAAAGAAAUGUCCCAUGUUGGAGAGCCUCAGCCUGCCAUCACUGUGCCAGGAGCAGACAAUGGAACAAGUGGUAGAGAUAAUCAAGGAGAGAACAUGUCCGAGACUGAAGCAUUGGAGCCACGGUCGUAUUGGCUACAGCGGAAUGGUGGAAGAUCUUUUCUUGGAAACAUUUCGAGCAACCAAGUCUGGCACCGGCGAGUACGGCAGUGAUAGAGAUUGGAUGGAAGGUGGUCUGAAGACGAUCGCAGUGGGGUACCUAGUGGCACUGGACGAACGCGUAAUUCGAACAAUCACGGAGUAUCAUGGUACGACACUGACAACCAUGAAUACUCCCGGUUUCACCAUGGACCUCCCAUCCCUCACGCUACUUUUGAGCGAACUCCCAGCGUUGAAGUCCUUCAAGGUUAUGGUCACUUUACCAUACGCAUCGACGUACGAUCCGGACUUGGAGUUGACAAAGAAGACUUCGUGGGCCUGCACUGGGUUGAAGCAUCUAGAGUUGAACUUCAACACUACGGGAACCUUCAGUUUCCCUGGAGGAAAACGCUGGGAUGUUUCAGUAGAGAAGGACUGUACGGACUAUUUGUUUUCACAGAUCGGGAGCUUGACGCAGUUGGAGGAGCUGGUCCUGAAAUCGAGCGGCUUCGAUCCAUUUGUCUUGAAGAACGGAUACCUGACACCGUUGUCUGGAUUAUCGAAUCUCAAAUCAUUGCGCCUGCCACGGCAAUGCAACAUACGUAUGGGUGCAGAGGAGGCAGAGUGGAUGGCCGAGAACUGGACAAGUCUGGUUUAUGUCGCGAUUGAGGUACCGCCCAGAGCUCUCGUAUCAGAUGGAAAAUCGCGCGAGGCAUUUGAGGCAACGUUGAAGGAGAAGCGGCCAAGCGUCGAGAUCGGUCCUAGUCAGCCUUAUUCUCGCAUGUGGUACGGAGGGGGUUUCGGCGCUCAAGCUGCUGGAUUUGGUGGCUGGGAUGUACAGAGUGGAUUCGUCCCAUUCCCUUGGAUACGCCGAACAAUGAAUAUCAAAUAA